AUGAGGUACCUGAGACACGGUCACCUCGACGUCCAGUCUCAGAUUGACCACGCCCUUGCGGACGAUACAUCAGAUCAUCUUCGUCAUCGCCGUCAGUAUCGGCAUACCCCGAUCGUCCCUCGUCGCAAGGCCCUCCUACCAUCUGUGCCCCCUAGUCAGCCGCUCAACAGACCGCUCGCGGCACGUCUCACCACACCGCCACCAGUCUUUGUCCCAUCCACCCCUACAGUCCCUCUCCAGUACCGUAUAUCUGCACCACCUAUCCCCUCCUUCGCACGCCGCGAUCCCAUCGAUCUCCUUGCCAUUGUAGGCUCUAAGGUCAGUGCCGUCAUCAAAAGACUACAGGCCAUCUUCGAUCGCAAGGACCAGUUACUUGACAUCCCCCAUGACCAUCAGCUCGCCCUUCAACGCAUCGGCGACAGGCUUGAGUGGAUACUCGACAACAGGCUUGAGUGGAUACUCGACAACAUUGAGAACGGCUCUUCGUGGACCCGCAGCCAACAACAAAACAUCGACUGGUUUUGCAAGGAGUUUGGAAAGGUCAAGUUUAGUGGACUUGGACAGAACUUCGAGCGUAUUGUCAAAGGUCUAGUGGAGUUAGAACGUUUUGGGCAUCUGGAUUGGAUCAUUGUUUAG